UAGGAGCAAUGUCCCAUCCCUCCCAUCGCCGCCGCCAGCCAACUACCCACUCCUCUUCCACCUCGGGAUCUUCCCAAAUCCAUAUCGUAGCCAGCCGACCAGCCUCCACCUCUCUCGGAAUCACCAAGCAGCCAACCAAAUCCAUCCCCUCGAUGUCAGCCGCCACCCAAGCCCAUCGAUCCAACCCUCCUCGCUCUCCUCGUCGACCAGGGAGAUGAGCCCCUCCUCUCCCGCUCCUCCCGCGCACCACCUCGACCCCUUGAGCUCACCUACAAGCUCAUGCCCGAACCUAGCGCCGGCCUCCCGCGCUCGACCUCAUCCCCAACCUCGCAAGCCUCCUCGAUCCUCUCUCGAGCAGGUGCUCGCCCGGAGCCCCGCGUCCCCGCCUCCGUCCGGACAUCCACGUCACCGGUGCACCCAGCAGAUGAGCGCCGUCCCUGCUGCUUUUCCUUCUUCCUUUCAUUCUCCCGUCGCAUCACCUCUCUCUUCCUCUAAGCUCUUUGUUGUUUAUACUCCAGGGAGACCACCAUGGCCUCGAAGAUCCAUGCGCUGCUGCCCGUGUCAUCGAACGCCGCUGCCUCCUCUGCUUCGGGCCAUGCCCAGCCCCGCGUCGACUUCCCCUGCACAGCCGCCGUCCUUCGUCAAGUCCUGCCAGUGCCAUGCCCCGCGACCCCUCCUGCUGCUACCGCUGCUCUGCUCUGUCGAAGAUGACGAGCACCCGCCCGAGCCAGCAGCGCCGUUGACCGCGCGCGUGGGCCGCAUCCCGCGCCAAGUCCCUCCUCGCGCCGCUCCCCGUCUUCCUCCUCGUCGCGCCGAUCCAGGAGGACCGAGCUCGCCCAGCCUCCCGCUCGCGUUGACCGCGUCAACCAGCGGCUCGUCCUGCGCCUCUGCUCGCUGCGUUGACCCGAUCCGGCUCCUCGUGCCCGCGCCUGGGCCGCGUCUUGCAUCCGCGCUGCGCCAAGGCCCAGCCUGCGUCCAGCCUCCCCUCCGAGCCGGCCCAUGGGUUUACACGAAGAGGGAGAAUGCCGACAGUUGGAAUUCUGGGCUGGAAAAGGAGCAAAUAUUAGAGACCUAUUCUGCACAACUCCAAAAGUGUUGAAACUCCACGGAAGUUAGUUUUGGAAUAUAUAAAAAAUAUUAGGCGAAGAAAGCACCAGAGGGGGGCCACCCACCA